AUGGCGGUCUUUGCAAACUUGCUACAUGUUGAAACUAUUCGUGCUGUCGCUGUACUGGGGACUCUAUUGAGUCAUGCUCUGGGAAAAGAGCGGGAUGAGUACCUGUGUCCACAGCAGCACUACAGGGAGGGAGGGGCAUCGGAGCCAAGUGGCCCCCCAUUUGGGUGCCGAUUCGAAGGCGUAGAGCUCCAAGAGCUCUGGAUCGGAGUAUACAGAGUUGCGAUUCGAGCUCCGAAAAACACCAAUCGCACUUGCCACAGCUUGAGAAUCGGCGUUGCGAAUCAGCCACCGGCACCUUCAGGAUCGAAUGGCAUUAGAGCGAUGUCAGCGCAGCCCUAUGACGACGACGGCUCUGCGUACCGAAUCCUAGCCCAGCAGCGUGCGCAGGCCCACUGCCUGGCAUUGAUGGGCAGCAUGGCCGUUUUCGUGGUCGACGGAUAUUCGCCGGGAGUAGAGGCGGAGAGGGUCCAACAAUUCCCCCGGGCGCACGGUCUCGAGGGCCGGCUGUCGCGUCCUGCUAAUCAUAGCACUUGUAAGGGGGGGGAGGGUUUGACGACGAGAGCGCUAUUGUGCUGUGCUCUGGAUAUCGCGGGAAGAGAGGGUGGCAGCGCAAGGGACCGCCAGAGCCAGAGCCAGAAGCUAGAGGCAGAUGAAUGCCUGCCGGAUGGGGCACUCGCCUGUGCAAGAGACAAAACCGGGCAAAUUUGGCCCUUCAUGACAAAAACAAAAACCGCUGCCACCAAGCCAUGUGGGCUGCAAGAGACAGCUACAACUUGUGAUUUGGAUGAUUUGUAUUGGGAGGGGGCACUUGGCUUGGCUCUCUGUCGCUCUUGCUCGCUGUGGCUCUGGCUCUGGCUCUGGCGCUGGCGCUGGCUCUUGCCUGGCACUAGAGAAAAGUACCUCUCCCGGGAGUCCCUGCCCCGUGUCUCUACACGACCUAGACUACUGUCACGCCUCCCGACUGCUGGCAGGCGCCACGCCCCCCCGGCCCCUUCUGGCUCCAGGCCCCGCCCCAUCCGCUUCAUCCCACUCGCAGCGCCCACACCAUCGCCUACCUCCUACCUCCACGCCCGGCUGCUACAGCCACUCCGCCGCACCCCCUGUCGCUGCACUGCAGACACAGCCAGAUCCGCUCCAUGCAGCGACAGGGCCUGCGAGCCUCGCUACGUGCACGCCCGCGCAGCAGCCAAGAGGCGGGCCAUGGGCACAGAUCGGCCUCGCUGGGCGCUUCACGCCCGCACCCCUCCACCACCUCACCAAGCCUUGCUGGGCUUCACCAGCCAAAGCCCGGCCCCAUGCAGCCCUGCAGAGGCCAGGGUCUGUCUGCAUAGGUACUGA